CACCGUCACCGUCAUGGGAAAGCAGAAACAACAAAUCAUUUCCCGUUUCUUCGCUCCCAAACCCAAGCCCUCUUCGCCUCCAUCGUCACCGCCGCCGUCGCAAUCAUCUCUCCCGAAUCUAUCAACUCCUCCACCGAAAAUCUCUGCCACCGUCACCUUCUCCCCUCUCAAGCGCCUCCGUACCUCCCAACUCUUAUCGCCGGUCAAUAAACCUCCCAAAACCCCCCUGUUAUCGUCCAAUUCCGACCUUCCGGAAUCUUCUCGAACCAAACUAUCUCCGCACACUCAAAACCCUAUACCCCAUUUAUCCAAUCCUACUCUUCACGAAAAGUUUCUAAACAAACUUCUAGAACCUUCUCAUGAAGAUAGACGGAAUGUUUCCACUUCAAAUACUAUAGUUUCUGUAAAUCCUAAAUACACUCCAUUAGAGCAGCAGGUAGUGGAGCUUAAAGCCAAGUACAAAGACGUUCUUUUAAUGGUUGAAGUUGGUUACAAGUUCCGUUUCUUUGGUCAAGAUGCUGAGAAUGCUGCUAGGGUUUUGGGAAUUUUUGCACAUAUGGAUCACAAUUUCUUGACAGCUAGUAUACCCACUUUCCGAUUGAACUUCCAUGUGAGGAGGCUGGUAAGUGCAGGGUACAAGGUGGGUGUUGUUAAACAGACCGAGACCGCAACCAUUAAGGCUCACGGUUCUAAUAAAUUGGGUCCAUUUUGCCGUGGCUUAUCAGCAUUGUACACAAAGGCUACCUUGGAAGCGUCUGAGGAUGUGGGUGAGGGAGAUGAAGGGUGUGGAUCAUGUAAUAGUUAUUUGGUUUGUGUUGUUGAAAAGAAGAUUGAUGUUGCGAAAGGUAGUGGAAGUGGGAAUGAUGUGAAAAUUGGGAUUGUGGCUGUUGAAAUUUCAACAGGAGAUGUUAUUUAUGGAGAGUUUGAUGAUAACUUAUUAAGAACUGGGAUUGAGGCUAAGAUACUGAGCUUAUCUCCUGCUGAAUUGCUUAUUGGUGAUCCCUUAUCUAAGCUAACAGAGAAGUUUUUACUAGCAUAUGCUGGACCUGCCUCAAAUGUCCGUGUGGAGCGUGUCUCCCGAGAUCGAUAUGCAGAUGGUGGUGCCCUUGCUGAAGUAUUGACUUCCUAUGAUAGAAUGGGAGAUAGCCAUUUAAAUGAUAAUCCUCAAAGAGAGUAUGUGGAGUUAGAGGAAAAAACAAAAAGGCACUUGGCAAUUAAGGCGAUCAUGGCUAUGCCUGAUUUGGCUGUUCAGGCAUUAGCCUUGACCAUUGAUCAUUUGAAGCAAUUUGGUUUUGAAAGAAUUCUGUGCUUGGGAGCUUCAUUUCGGCCUUUCUCUAACAAUGUGGAGAUGACCCUUUCAGCCAAUGCUAUACAACAAUUAGAGGUUUUGAAGAACAACUCCGAUGGAUCUGAGUCUGGCUCAUUACUAGAGCGUAUGAAUCACACUCUUACAAUAUCUGGUUCAAGGCUUCUCAGGCACUGGGUGAGUCAUCCUUUACGUGACAGAAACAUGAUCAAUGCUCGUCUUGAUGCCAUUUCUGAGAUUCUUGAAUCAAUGGGUUCUCAUAAUACUUGUAGUGAUCGGGGAUAUGAAAGAACGAAGCUUCAUCAAUUGCUAACUUCAGUUCUGACUAAUUUAGGAAGGUCGCCUGAUAUCCAACGUGGAAUUACAAGAAUUUUCCAUCGGACUGCCACAGCGUUGGAGUUCAUAGCGGUCAUUGAAGCCAUCUUACUGUCAGGGAAACAGCUUCGGCAGCUUCAAGUGGAAGAAGAGGAUGAAGGUGACCGCUUGCAAGCAAACUCCAUCCACUCUCCGUUGCUGAGAAAGUUGAUUUUAACUGCAUCUUCAUCCAACAUAAUUUCUAGGACAUCAAGGCUACUUGCUGCCUUGAAUAAGGAAGCUGCUGAGCAGCGUGAUAUUCCCAAUCUGUUUGUCGUUUCUGAAGGAGCAUUUCAAGAGAUUGCUACAGCAAGGAAUAAAGUGAAGCAGGCAAAGGAGAAGUUAGAUUUAUUGAUUGGUUUAUACCGCAAACAACUGAGAAAUCAGAAGUUGGAGUUCACGACCGUUUCUGGGACGACACAUUUGAUAGAGUUGCCACAAGACGUAAAAGUGCCUUCGAAUUGGGUGAAAGUUAACAGUACUAAAAAGGCAAUACGCUAUCAUGCACCAGAAGUAUUGACGGCUUUAGACGACCUAUCAUUGGCUAAUGAGGAGCUCCUUCUUGUCUGCCGCUCCACUUGGCAAAACUUUCUAAAUGAAUUCGGUGGUUACUAUUCUGAGUUGCAAGUGGCUGUUCAAGCACUAGCGGCUUUGGAUUGCCUGCAUUCUCUUGCUCUUCUGGCAAGAAAUAAGGAUUACAUUCGCCCAGUUUUUGUUGAUGAUAGUGAACCUGUUCAGAUUUGUGUAUCUUCAGGCCGUCAUCCGGUUAUGGAGACUAUGCUACAAGAUAGUUUUGUUCCAAAUGAUACUAGUUUGCAUGCAGAUGGAGAGUAUUGUCAAAUUGUUACGGGACCAAAUAUGGGCGGAAAGAGUUGUUAUAUACGACAAGUGGCUCUCCUUGCCAUCAUGGCACAGGUUGGUUCCUUUGUACCAGCAUCGUCGGCAAAACUGCAUGUGUUAGAUGGCAUAUACACAAGAAUGGGAGCUUCCGAUAGCAUCCAACAAGGUAGGAGCACAUUUUUAGAAGAACUGGGGGAGGCUUCUCAUAUACUUGAGAGUUGCACAGGCCAGUCUUUAGUGAUCCUUGAUGAGCUUGGAAGAGGCACAAGCACACAUGAUGGAGUUGCAAUUGCUUAUGCCACAUUGCAGUACCUGUUAGAGCAGAAAAGAUGCAUGGUACUAUUUGUGACUCAUUACCCAGAGAUAGUCAAAAUGGCAAAAGGGUUAACUGGAUGUAUGGGAUCGUAUCAUGUUUCAUACCUGACAUCGCAGAAAGGCGAGCCUAAUGGUGACUAUGAAGAUGUUGUUUACCUUUAUAAGCUUGUACCUGGUGUUUCAGAAAGGAGCUUUGGAUUUAAAGUUGCUCAGCUUGCACAGUUGCCAUUGUCAUGUAUAAAUCGAGCGAGUGUGAUGGCAAUGAGAUUAGAAGACGUAGUGAGGAAAAAGAAAAUAUUACAAGAAUCAGGGAGAAAUGAUGAAGCUGGAGAUAUGGAAGGGUACAAAGAGAUGUUCUCAAAUCUGAAUUUAGCAGCAUAUUCACAAGAUAUUGAUCCUGCCAAAAGCUUCGAGUGUUUAAAGACUGCUAGAAGCCUUGCGCUUGAGUUGAUAAAUAGAUCAAUGACCGAGUUUAUGAUGGCGAAUUAACGGUAAAGGAAGUAAAAUUAUAGAAAAAUUUCAACUAGUUUUAUCUUUGUUAUUUUAUCAGUAGUGUUCAGCUAUGCAUGUAAAAUAGUAGAAUCAUAUUCAAAACAGUUGAUUGAGACAUGCCAUACAUACAUGCAGAGGCUUUUAGUGGAGACUGACUACAAUCAUUCACGGACCGAAUGUCAUUUGAAUGUUCUGUAAUUGACGCAGUAAAGUAAACUCAUGU